GCUUCCUAUUCUCUCAUCUUGGCUUCCAUGCCUGCAGAAGAGCCAUUCUCCAGACUGUUCCCACUUUUUUGAAAUCGGGCUUUUUUGCUGCCUACAACAGUGAAAAAGUAAGGAAAAGGUCAGAUCUUAGCUUUAAUGGCGGAAACUCCGGAAUCGAAGCCCGUCGCUGAUGCAGAGAAGAAAAAGGAGCAGAGCCUUUCCUUCUUCAAGCUCUUCUCGUUCGCAGACAAGUACGACUGGCUUUUCAUGGCCGCUGGAAGCUUAGGAGCUGUUGUUCAUGGCUCUGCAAUGCCGGUAUUCUUCCUCUUGUUCGGGGAUUUGGUUAACGGGUUCGGUAAAAACCAGACGGAUUUGAAAAAGAUGACGGAUGAAGUCUCGAAGUAUGCUCUGUAUUUCGUAUAUCUCGGGCUUGUCGUAUGCGUUUCUUCAUACGCAGAGAUUGCUUGUUGGAUGUACACGGGAGAGAGGCAGGUGAGUGCACUGAGGAAGAAGUAUUUGGAGGCUGUAUUAAAGCAGGAUGUGGGAUUCUUCGACACUGAAGCGAGGACGGGAGACAUUGUCUUCAGUGUCUCUACAGACACCUUACUCGUGCAAGAUGCCAUUAGCGAGAAGGUGGGGAAUUUCAUACACUAUCUCUCAACGUUUCUGGCCGGAUUGGUGGUGGGUUUCGUAUCGGCAUGGAGGCUGGCGCUGCUGAGCGUUGCUGUCAUUCCAGGAAUCGCCUUCGCUGGGGGUUUAUACGCUUAUACUCUGACCGGCCUCACGUCCAAGAGCCGAGAAUCGUACGCAAACGCCGGUAUAAUCGCAGAGCAGGCCAUUGCGCAAGUUCGAACAGUGUAUUCCUUCGUCGGAGAGAACAAGGCACUGAACUCCUACUCGGAGGCGAUACAGAACACGUUGAAGCUGGGAUACAAGGCAGGUAUGGCGAAAGGCCUGGGAAUCGGAUGCACAUACGGGAUCGCGUGCAUGUCGUGGGCUCUGGUCUUCUGGUAUGCCGGCGUCUUUAUUCGAAAUGGACAGACAGACGGUGGAAAGGCAUUCACAGCUAUAUUUUCCGCCAUUGUAGGUGGCAUGAGUCUAGGACAAUCCUUUUCAAAUCUGGGAGCAUUCAGCAAGGGUAAAACUGCCGGAUACAAGUUGAUGGAAAUAAUCAAGCAGAAGCCCUCUAUAAUUCAAGAUCCCUCAGAUGGGAAGUGUUUGUCCGAGGUUAAUGGGAACAUUGAAUUCAAAGAGGUCACCUUUAGCUACCCAUCACGGCCAGAUGUCAUAAUCUUUAGAGAAUUUUCAAUCUUCUUCCCAGCAGGGAAGACGGUUGCAGUAGUUGGAGGUAGUGGGUCAGGGAAAAGCACUGUUGUGGCUCUGAUAGAAAGGUUCUAUGAUCCUAAUCAGGGGCAGAUAUUGCUGGAUAAUGUAGAUAUAAAGACGCUUCAAUUGCGGUGGCUAAGGGACCAGAUUGGUUUGGUGAACCAAGAACCUGCGCUUUUUGCCACCACCAUACUUGAGAAUAUACUCUAUGGCAAACCUGAUGCGGCAAUUGCUGAAGUGGAAGCUGCGGCUGCUGCUGCAAAUGCUCAUAGCUUUAUUACUCUGCUUCCCAAUGGCUACAAUACACAGGUGGGAGAGCGAGGAGUACAACUCUCUGGUGGCCAGAAACAGCGAAUUGCCAUUGCCUGUGCAAUGCUAAAGAACCCAAAAAUCCUCCUGCUCGAUGAAGCUACUAGCGCCCUUGAUGCAGGCUCAGAGAGUAUCGUCCAAGAAGCUCUAGACAGACUUAUGGUUGGGAGAACGACUGUGGUAGUUGCCCAUCGCCUCUCCACCAUAAGAAACGUUGACACGAUUGCUGUAAUCCAGCAAGGUCAGGUUGUUGAGACUGGCACCCACGACGAACUGAUGGCAAAAGGAAACACUGGAGCAUAUGCAUCUUUAAUCCGAUUCCAAGAGAUGGCAAGGAACAGAGACUUCAAUGUCUCAACCCGCAAAUCCCGUUCAUCUCGCCUAAGCCAUUCACUCUCUACCAAGUCUCUGAGCCUCAGAUCUGGUAGCUUGAGGAACUUAAGCUAUCAGUACAGCACUGGAGCUGAUGGUCGGAUUGAGAUGGUUUCAAAUGCUGACACUGAUAGGAAGAAGCCAGCCCCAGAUGGGUACUUCUUCCGGCUCCUGAAGCUCAAUGCGCCCGAGUGGCCAUAUGCUGUCCUAGGAGCUGUUGGCUCAGUGCUCUCUGGAUUUAUAGGCCCAACAUUUGCGAUUGUCAUGAGUAAUAUGAUUGAGGUGUUCUACUAUAGGGAUUCAGUGGCAAUGGAGAGGAAGACAAAGGAGUAUGUUUUCAUAUACAUUGGGGCAGGCCUUUAUGCCGUCAUGGCGUACCUUGUGCAGCAUUAUUUUUUCAGUAUCAUGGGAGAGAAUCUUACAACAAGGGUGAGGAGGAUGAUGCUUGCAGCUAUCCUGAGGAACGAAGUAGGGUGGUUCGAUGAGGAGGAGAACAAUUCCAGUCUUGUUGCAGCUCGUCUCUCAAGUGAUGCUGCAGAUGUGAAGUCAGCCAUUGCCGAGAGGAUUUCUGUUAUAUUGCAGAACAUGACUUCGCUUCUCACAUCGUUCAUUGUGGCUUUCAUUGUUGAAUGGCGGGUCUCCCUCCUCAUUCUCGCCACGUUCCCUCUUCUAGUUCUUGCCAACUUUGCGCAGCAAUUAUCUUUGAAAGGUUUUGCCGGUGACACAGCGAAGGCGCAUGCGAAGACGAGCAUGAUCGCAGGGGAAGGCGUGAGCAACAUCCGUACCGUGGCAGCCUUCAACGCCCAGGACAAGAUCCUCUCCUUAUUCUGUCACGAGCUUCGCCUACCCCAGCGCCAAAGUCUCCGCAAAAGCCAAUCGGCUGGUCUUCUCUUUGGCCUCUCCCAGCUUGCCCUCUAUGCUUCAGAGGCCCUCAUCCUCUGGUAUGGCGCUCGCCUCGUCAGCCAUGGCACCUCCACCUUCUCCAAGGUCAUCAAGGUUUUUGUGGUACUCGUCAUAACUGCCAAUUCUGUUGCGGAGACUGUCAGCCUCACACCUGAGAUCAUACGCGGUGGUGAAACCAUCAGCUCUGUCUUCUCUAUCCUCGACCGCUCUACAAAAAUCGACCCAGAUGACCCGGAAGCAGAGCCGGUCGAGUCGGUCCGAGGCGAGAUUGAGCUCCGGCACGUUGAUUUUGCCUACCCGUCUCGACCCGAUAUCAUGAUCUUUAAAGAUCUAAACCUACGGAUCCGUUCUGCACAGAGUCAAGCUCUUGUUGGAGCCAGUGGGUCCGGUAAAAGUUCUGUCAUUGCGUUGAUCGAGAGGUUCUAUGAUCCAACAGCUGGGAAAGUAAUGAUCGAUGGGAAGGAUAUCCGACGUCUGAAUUUGAAGUCACUCCGACUUAAGAUUGGGUUGGUGCAGCAAGAACCAGCACUGUUUGCAUCAAGCAUCUUUGAGAACAUUGCUUAUGGGAAGGAUGGAGCAACGGAAGCAGAGGUGAUUGAGGCUGCACGUGCUGCCAAUGUGCAUGGGUUCGUAAGCGGUCUGCCUGAUGGGUACAAGACCCCGGUUGGGGAGAGAGGGGUGCAACUCUCAGGCGGGCAGAAGCAAAGGAUUGCGAUUGCAAGGGCGGUGCUCAAGGACCCAGCGGUGCUGCUGCUCGAUGAGGCUACGAGCGCGCUCGAUGCCGAGUCUGAAUGCGUGCUACAAGAGGCACUGGAGAGGCUGAUGAGGGGUCGUACAACGGUCCUCGUGGCCCACCGGCUCUCGACAAUAAGGAGUGUGGACAGCAUCAGCGUUGUCCAGGAUGGCCGCAUUGUUGAACAGGGCAGCCAUGCCGAGCUGAUUAGCCGGGCUGAUAGUGCAUAUUUACGGCUGUUGCAGCUCCAGCACCAUCACGUUUGAGUGGGGCCCAUCUUUUUAGUUUCUCAUUAGGUUUUCAGUUCCUUUUUAUUAUGUAUUAUCUUUAUCUUUGAUGAUGGCUGUAGAUAUGUUGGGUGGUUAGUUGUUAGAACCUUUACUGCCCGCUCAAUCCUGAUAUGCAUUCCCCUGAUAUGGUGUAA